UAGUAGUAAGAGUAGUGGAGGAGCGAGGAAGUAGCAAGAAAACAGUAGAAGCAGUAGAGCAGCAGCAGGAUUAGCAGCCUUAUCGUCUGCUUCCUUACAGUUUUGUUUGUAUGGCUGAUGUAACUGUCGUUGCUGCUCCCAGCUUGGCUUAGAUCAGUCGGAGGAAGAUAUUCUAGCAAUAAUGGAGGGAUUUACCGUGUUACAACAACAGUAGCAAUUAUACUGGCACCAACAACGACAACAGAUCUACUACUACUUCUACCAGUACUACCGCUAAUCGCAACGCUAUUAUCACCACCACUCACAAUACUAUCACCGACGCUACCCCUAUUCUACCUGCACUAUUAGUUCCACUAACAACACUAUCAUCACCACUUACGGUACUAUCACCUACACUACUACUCCAACGAUACUACUAGCACCUCUACCACAUCCAUCGGUUCCCGUUAAUGAAGGGACCUCUACGUGGUAGAUCGCUUUGCUAGAAAUAAUAGGUAAAAAAGAUUCCCCCCCCCUUAUCCCAGUGCUACAGUCUUAAAACAAACAAAAACAAAAAUAACGUGGACCAUUGGAUUAAUGUAAUCUAGACAUAGAGAUUGUUAGAUGGGUUGGUCAUGGCUAGAACGUCAUUGAGCAUAGGUCUGACAACUACUUAAAGCAGGGCUGAAUCGGGACUAAGCAUCACUCCACCACAAACAACAACAAUAACAAAACGAUCACUCAUCAUCACUCAACACCAAUUAGCCAGCAUAAACACCGCUUUUUUUUUUUUUUUGACAACCGUUACAGCCACGACCACCACCACCACCACCACCAGUGAAUCAAGAUGUGGGCAACACACGACGAAAGCCCGAGCCACACCGCCCAGCCUCCGCCUUCCCUGUCUUCCACCUCGUCCCACGACGCGUCCUCGCCGCCACGCGAACUGCCGCCCGCUUCGUCAGUCACGUCAGCAUCGCCAUCACCAUCAUUGGCAGUUUCGAGAACUACUGUAACUACAACAGCAUCCUCAUCAUCCUCAUCCUCAUCAUCAUCGUCCUCCUCCUCAUCAUCAUCAUCAUCAUCAUCAUCGUCGUUGUCUACUGCUGUCGAUAUUACGACGACGACAACAGCCGCCGCCGCUGCAAAGACACCAUCAUCACUAUCAGCAUCUUCUACAAAUACUACCACGACUGCUACUACUACUACUACUACUACUACUACUACAGCUAAUAAUAAUAAUAAUAAUAAUGAUAAUAAUAAGCGAUCGUCGUCGUCGUCGUCGUCACAGCAGCAACGAUCGCCCGCACAUUCUCCCACAUCCAUGCUUACGUCACCAUCAUCAUCAUCGUCAUCAUCAUCAUCGUCAUCGUCAUCAUCUGCAGUUGCAGCGACCACAAUGACAACAACAACAACAACAACAACAACAACAGCAGCUGCAGCAGCUAGUAUUUCUAGCAUGACUAUGACCACUACUGCAGUAUCGGCUGGGGCAGGGGCAGGGGCAGGGGAAACAGCGGCACCUUCAGCUUCAUUAUCACCAUCAUCAUCAUCAUCAUCAUCAUCACCAUCAUCACCAUCAGCUGAUGCAGAAGCAACAAUAACAACAACAACAACAACGGUAGUAGCAGCGGCGGAAGCAGCAGCAGCAGCAGACGUAACUACUACUACUACUACUACUACUGCUGCUACUACGACAAUAGCACUUCCGAGACCAACGGCCAAUCACAACUACAACAUCAACAUUAACACAGACGCUAACAGCAGCAGUACUAACAACAUUAGCGACCCUAUGACAGCAGGUACCGCUACCAGCACCAACAACAUCUCCAACCCAACCGCGACCACCACCACCAACACCUCCACCGCCGCUGCCAAUAUUGGCAGCGCCAACAUCAACACCACCUCAAACAAUAUCAUGAACAACAACAUCAACCUUAACACCAAUACUACUAACAUUGCCACCAACAACAUCAACACUACCAGCCCAGUUGCAGUAACAGCAGCAGUAGCAACAACAACAACAACAUCAACAACACCAACACCAACAGCAACAACAACAGCCGCAACAGGUACUGCCCCUAGUAGCCUCUGCAAUGGUGGUAGUAGUAGUAGCAGUAGUAGUAGUGGUGGUCCUAACUGUAGUGGGAGCAGUACUAGCCAAGUGCGUGCGACACUUAAGCCAGCCCUCUCCGGACCUCGUUACAAGUUGAUUACUGAAGGUGAGAUACAGGUAUGUCGUCUCAAUCACACUCGGACCAUCGUCAGCAAGAUUAUGAACUCCAAGUACCUUCGUCGAUGGGAGAGUCAUCACCUGGUAUUGAGUCCUGCCGAAAUACGAUCAGCAACGGCGGGCAGCUCCUAUCUUCGUGACCAAUGGCUUCAUUCCAUCAUAUGGAAGAAACAUGUCUACAAAUACGAGAAAUUGCUGAAACACGCCCGAAGGCCUGAAGUGGUGGUUAAAGAAAUCAAGAACUUGAUCGACGUCUCCCUGUCUACUCCGAUACAAGACUCAAACGUCUACCAGUUUCCAUUAGAACUAAUCUCUGAACUCUUCCACACAGUUCACUGCAAGAAGAAUCCUAGAUCCAGUAUCAUCAUCGACCUGUUCACACCUGUAGCACAGCGAAUUCUAAAGCACAACAUGGAUUUCGGCAAGUUCCCCCAGAUGCGAAAGUUUGUCCAAGAAUAUAUUCAAGCUUUGAACUCGCAGAAUGAUGGUUUCAAAGUUGUACAGAAUUUUGUGAAAAAUAUGCAUGGCCAAUCCAGCACAUGCCCACACCCCAGAGUCCUACCCAAUCUUAUAGCUGUGUGCUUAGCAUCUAUAUACUCCUGUUAUGAUGAAAAGAAGAAAGGUCUAUUGAAUAACACUGACUGCUGUGAAGAGGACUGGAACCGAAAACUGAUCUGUUACAUUCACAUGUUUGAAGCAAUGACACAUUACGAUGAUUGGAGAUGCAUCUUGGGAAGUCUUCUGCAGCCUGUCCCCUUUCCUACUGAUGCCAUUGGACACUCUUUCUUCACUUCGCGCAUGAAGCCCAUCAUCAAACAGAUUGCCCUCGACCCAAGCUGUAACACACACCAGACACUGUUGAGUAUCCGCGAGAAUAAGGAAGGAUGGUUCAAUCUCUACUGUCCAGGAAACAUUUGUUGUGAUGACGACGGAGAAUUAUGGGGCAUUAUGCUGAACACUUUGAUUAGAUGUUGCUGCAAAAGGAAGACGUUUCUCCUGGAGCUGAGCAAAAGUGUUAACCCAGUGAUGUUAUUGGCCCUUAGGGGUAAAGAGGCUGCCAUGGAGGCCCUCUGUGGGAUGCUUGAGAUGGACAUUAUUGAAAGCAAUGACCUGAAGAUGCAGAUGAUCACUACGUUGCAGACAACAGCCAUCGGGAAAAAGAUGUACACAGCCUUGUGUGAACGACAAAUAGCUCUGAGGGAGUUGCAGCAAAAGGGAGGUCCGAAGAAGCUGACCUUACCACCACAGUCUACUGAUGCAGAUUUGGUGAAAAUGCUUAGUGCUGGCUCCUUCGGAAACCUUGAAUGUCUCAGCCUGGCUUUUACACAGGUCACCAGCGCUUGCGCCCCCGAGCUCAUUAAAUUACCUUCCUUACGCUCUCUCAACUUGUGGUCGACACAGGUAAGUUCUGGAGGACUUUUAUAAUGGUGUCUUGAAAUAAGAU